UCUGUCUGGGCCCUGACACUGGGAAAGAACCCAGGCGUUGGUCUCCCAGCACCCCCUGCCCCCUUCUAACAAAUGAGCUGCCUUUCCUCCCAGCCCCACCCCCAACCCUGGGGUUUAGUGAGUGAGAGCAGGGGACUUUGGCCCUGACCUCUGCCCUCCUCAUCCAUCCGUCCUGCAGGCGGGGGCUGAAUCCCCCUCACCGCGUCAAGUCCAUCUCCAUGACAACCUUCACCGAGGCCGAGGUGCUUUUCUUGCAGUCCCGUGGCAAUGAGGCCUGCCGGAAGGUGUGGCUGGGGACCUUUGACCCCCGCACGUCACUGCUCCCGGACUCCAGGGACCCGCAGAAGGUGAAGGAUUUCCUGCAGGACAAAUACGAGAAGAAGCGAUGGUACUUGUUGCCCGAUCAAGCCAAAGCCGUGCCCCCACCCACUAGCCAAAGCUGCCUCCCCGAGGCCAAGCCAGCCCCAUCCCUCCUGGGUGACUCCGGGACUCUGCUGCCCGACGCUGGAGUCAGCCAGCCACCUCCAUCCCAGCACUGGACGCCCCAGACCACCAAGAAACCCAGCACGGACCUCCUGGCCGACAUUGGAGGGGACCCCUUCGCCGCCCCCCAGCCCUCCCCUGCCUUUGCUGCCUUCCCUGCCUUCGGGAGCCAGGCUUCAGCCCAUGCUGCCUUCGCCAAUUUUGAUGCCUUCGGAGCCGGGUUUGGGGGGGCCUUGGCCCCCUUCUCCCCCCAGCCCCUGCCCACAGUAGGGGGCGUCUCCCCGAGUGCCUUUGGCACCUCACCCCCCAGCCAGCCAGCCCAGAUCCUGGACCUGAGCGGAGCCCCUGGCAGCAUCUUCCAGCCCCUGAGCCAGCCCAGCCCGGCUCCUGCCUAUGGGGCCUUCACCAAUCCCUUCGCUUCUCCACCGCCUGCCCGGCCCUCAACCAAUCCCUUCCAAGCUAAUGGCUUGACACCAGGUGUUGCCUUCUCAGUGGGGUCCCCAAGUGGGUUCGUGACCCCCCAGGCCUCGCCUGCCCCCGGCGCCUUCCCCACACCCUUCCAGGCUUCCAUUUUCUCCCAGCCAGCGCCACUGGGCCCGCAGCCAAAUGGCUCCAGCUUCGGGUUGGGUGCUACCAAAGUGGGGCAGCCUGUCAGUGUCUCCACCAAUCCCUUCCUGACAACAGCUCCUGCAACAACGCACUUCGUGGUCAAGCAUCCGGCCACCAACCCCUUCUUAUAACCACCCCUGCCCCCAGCCAGUAGAGGGCGCCUCUUGAGCACGUGAUGGCUGGGGGGGGGGGGGGCCCGCGCCCGGCCCUUUAAAUACUCUCAAAGCAUCCUGGGACUUGGAGUUUGAAGUCAGCUGUCAGAAGCAAGGCAUGCAGGGAAAGCAGGGGCACGCUGGCCCUUUAAGAGGGAAGAAAUGGCUGCCUCAGUGCAGGCUGGGACUUGUAGUCUGGUUGGGGGCGGGGCUUAAAACCCCAGCCCAGCCCAGCCCCAUCCUUGUCCUGACCAGCCUGAGUGUAAGGCCUGAGUGUGAGGUGUGUGGUGGAAGAACCCAGGUGUCCUGGCUCCUGGCCUUCCUCCCCUCCCAGAGCCAGGAGAGAACCCAGGAGUCCGGGUGCCCCCCCAUCUCAGCUCUUAAACCCCACCCCCCCUCGCACUUGCUGCUUGGUAUAAAGCCUCUAUUGGACUUUG